UUAUUUCUGCAUAAUAUGUAAAUACAGUUAUGUUGUUGCAAGUAACAGUGAAUAGACCCCAGAGCGUUAAACAUGCCGAGGCCUUUGGGAAAUAGGAAUCUUUUAACAGUCAUCUCAAACCACCAAGCUGAGCUGAAAGGAGAAAUUCUGUCUUCUCUGUCUCAUGAAACCAUUUUGAGGGGAAGGUGAGACACUGAAAAGCAUAAAUGUCACACAGAUUGACUUCAGCUGUGACACAGUCAACAGAUGAAAGAGGAAGACUUGGAGGUUUCAGCUUGUUUCAGUGUGAUUGAUGUCGCGCAGCAACACCUCCAACUCAUCAUCACCAGUGAGAGCGACCAGAAAACGGCAGCACCAUCAGCCCUGCAAACCUUGAAAGACAAAGAUGAAUUUCUCUGAGGAGGAGCAGAUGUACAACCAGUCAUUCACGACAGUAAUGUCAGAUGUCAACCAGACCACCCCAGAGUACUAUAAUUAUGACAUAGACGUGCUUGAACCCUGCACAUUUAACAACAGCCUCUGGGUGCAAACGGUGGUCGGCCCAUACAUCAACUCCAUCAUCUGCAUCCUGGGCUUCGUGGGGAACAGCCUGGUGAUUGUCACCUACGCCUUCUACAAGAGGACCAAAUCAAUGACGGACAUCUACCUGCUCAACGUGGCCAUUGCCGACCUCCUGUUUGUGCUGGCGCUGCCUCUGAUCAUCUACAACGAGUUAUCGUCAUGGUCGAUGGGGCCGGUGGCCUGCAAGCUGCUGCGCGGCUCAUACAGCAUCAACUUGUACAGCGGCAUGCUGCUGCUCGCCUGCAUCAGCACCGACCGCUACGUCGCCAUCGUCCAGGCUCGCCGCAGCUUCAGGCUGCGCUCGCUCUCGUACAGCCGCAUCAUCUGCGCCAUCGUCUGGGUCUUCGCCAUACUGGUGUCCGUCCCCACCUUUUACUUCUACCAGUGGUACGAGCCAUCCCACAACAGUGAAUACUAUAUGAUGGAAGAUGAGGACUUUGAGACAGAUGAGCCUCCAGAGUACGUCUGCGAGUUGAAGUUUUCAGAUAGCAACAUGGCCCGGACGACCAAGGUGGCCGUCCCCAGCACCCAGCUGGCUGUGGGCUUCUUCCUGCCACUGUUCAUCAUGAUCUUCUGCUACACUGCCGUCAUUGUCACUCUGAUGAAAGCCAAAAACUUCCAGCGACACAAAGCAGUGCGGGUGGUGCUGGCAGUGGUGGUGGUCUUCAUCGCCUGCCACCUUCCCUACAACGUGGUGCUGCUGUACGACACUGUCAACAUGUUCGAGCAAGCUGAAUGUGAAGACUUGGACAGACUGCAGACUGUCCUGAUCGUGAUGCAGUCCAUCGCCUACCUCCAUUGCUGCCUGAACCCAGUGCUGUAUGCCUUCGUUGGGGUGAAGUUCAGGAACCACUUCAGGAGGAUCUUCCAGGACCUGUGGUGUCUGGGUAAGAAGUACAUCGCUCCACGCCGCUCCUCCAGGGUCACCUCAGAAUUCUACAUGUCAGCUGUCUGCCGCUCAGUGGACGGAUCCAGUGAGAACGGAUCUUCCUUCACCAUGUGAGGACGUCCAGCGGACUGAUAUCUGGAACUGAUCUUUUGAGGCCCGCAGGUCUCUGAAGUCCGAACUUGACUUUUGUAUGUACGUCAUGAUCGUAAUAAUGUUCUCAUUUGAGGGAGUCACAAAAUACAUCUCAGGGAUUAUUAGAUGGUUCAGAAGAAAAGAAACAAGAUGGAUGAUUUUUGGUAUUCAAGUAUGACCUGAACAUCCUUGUUUUGAGAUCGCUUCGUCAUGACUCAAAGUUUACUCAGGAAAAUUCUGAAGCACCAGCUGACAUAAAUUUAAAAUAAGAUUCAAUGCAGAAAAUCACAUGUGCCCAGAUGAGACCGUUGAAAGGUUCUGCAUCGUCUUUCUAUGCAGUGUUUUUUUCCAGAUUCACACGAACUCAGGAUGUUAAAAACCCUGCAUGUGGAGCUGCUUUUCUCUCUGAUCUGCUUCGACGCUCCAGCAGCUUUUCUCUGCUCGAACUUAAUCUACUCACAGAUGAUUGUCAGGAUUAAAAACUGGAACUUUUGCCUGCUCAGAAGUAUUUCACAUCCAUCUGUUAAGUCCUGAAGGAGUCUGAACUAGUCCGUGGAUGGGCUUUAGAUUUAAUUAACAGUUUGAACUCUCUCUACCCUCGACUUACGGCUCAAAAACUUGUUUUCGUCAUAUCUGACUUUUGUGUUUGUGAUUCCUCUGCUUUUUUAUUGUAUUGAUAUUGCAGUUUUGUUUGUUAAAUGACUUUUUUUUUUUACAACAUUGAAUAUGUAAUAUGUUCCAUUUUCAGAUUUGUGUCUCCAUGGAUUUCAAAUGUCACAAUAAAUAUUGUCUUGUAACCAAAGAAGUUUUUGUUUGUUUGUGAAAACUUCCCUGUCACUGUAAUUCUGUGGCUCAACACCAGAUGACACCAUUUACAAAGACGACUGAUUAAGUGGAGAAGUCUCACUCUUAUAGAAAAUGUGUAAACAGAAAUGAACAUAAACCCUGAAAGGUAGGAGCUGAUCUCGUAGUGUCAUUUUGUUGACCUCUUCUGUUUUGAAUGUUUCACUGCUGUUGAUCUCUUGUACUCUCCUUGUUGACAGUGAGUGCUGGAUGUUUGGGCUUUCUGUUGGUUUCCUGAGCAGCACAAGAGGUCGACACACCAAACUUUCUUCCUGAAGGCCUUUUCUCUGUCCAUGUGAUCAGCAGCAAACUUCAGUCGAGCUUAAAGUCAGCAGAUGGAGUGUCUUGUCGUCCCUCUGCAGCCUGGGAAAUCAUAUCAGACCACAGGAACACAUUAUCGUCAUCAGUAAAUGGAUUAAAGAGGGGAACUGAGGUGAAGCAGCAGGAUGCGGUUCGACUUCAGCUCUUUCAGCUCCACUACCAGGAAUCUCUCUUUUCCACAAAUCACGGCUCUGGGACAUGAGGCCCAGAUCAGUGCUGCUGCUGCUGCUGCUGCUGCUGCUGCUGCAGAUCAGGUUUCCCAUUGUACAGUCAACUGGAUUCCCCAAAAUCUAACUUACACGUCGACCAACUAAGGCAGGCAGAACAGAUGGCAUGGAAAAGGAACAGAUCAAGAACUGACAGUUGUGAGUCAGAUUGAUGGGAGGCGGAGCCAAAAAUACCUGAGCAAUGAUGUCACUCUUCAGACUGUGAGCUUAUCUGCAGGUGGAUUCACGGAGCUCUUCUGAGAACAACACCAUCAUCUGUCAGGGUCGACUGAAGGACAAACUCCUGACAGACGAGCUGAGGGUGAAAUGACGACCGACACGGAGUCUCCUGCGAGAGUCGACUGAGAUCUGCAGUAUCCAGAGGUUCAUCUGUCUGCUGGACACCGUUCUGCCUCACCUGGUGCCGGCCUGGGACUCCAGCCUGGCAACCUUCAACCAGAUCAAAAGCAUAAAACAGUUCCUGCUGCUGUCGAAGCGGCGCUCUGCCCUCUUCACUCAGUGCCUGAAGGACUCGGAGACCAGUAAGCCGAACUUCAUGCCUCGACUCUACACCAACAGACGUCUGGCCAUGGAGCACUGAGACAAUCCAUCCCUGGACCCCAACUGCAAGAACGCCGUGUUGAACCAGGUCUAUGAAGGUCUGAAACCGUCUGACAAGUUUGAGAAGACGUUUGAUUACACUGUUGGGAAGAAACAAAAGAUUUGAGGACGUCAUCUUGGGAUUCUGGAAACAAUGAUCGACAUUUUUCACCAUUAUCUGACCAAACUAAGUCAGUCAGUCACUUUUCAUACAAGUGAAAUGCAACACAAAGUGCUUUACAGACAAAAGGAAUAAAAUGCAAUAAAACACAAACAAUCCCCGACAUGAUGAUAUAAAUGAACGACUGAAGGAACUGAGGAAACACCAGGUGACAGCAGAUGACAUAAAUGUUCUAUUAAAUAAAUAACAUGUGCAUAUAUGAUA